CUCGUCACUUUGGCGGCAAUCGCAGCCUUUGGAUGUUUGCAACUAGGAGAAUGUCACAUGGGCGUUCCCGACUCUGAAAACCUGCUAAAAAUUGGAUUUUUUUAUUUAAUUUCUUAUUUUCAUAAUAAUAAUAAAAUUGUAUACUAUCUCAAUAAUGAUCAUUCUAAAAACUACGCCAACCCUACGCCGCUAAAAACGCUGGUAAAAUUAAACUACGUAUACCUACCUACUACGAUAAACUACCAACUAAAUAAAACUACAUAUUAAUUAUUCUCAAUUAAAAAUAAAAAAACCGGCCAAGAGCAUGUCGGGCCACGCUCAGUGUAGGGUUCCGUAGUUAACUCUUCCGUCACAAUAAGCUAAACUGGAGCUUAAAGUAUAGUAAAUUGUUAACCAAGGGAUGAAACGGUACCUUUCACACGAGUUAAACAAAUAGGCAAAUUUGCAUAAUCAAUAGGUACUGAAUUAGGUAAUUAAAGUAAGUCUUUUUACUAUGAAGGGAAAACUUUUUGCGAUAACUCAAAAACAGCUAAACUGAUCAUAUCCGCUAUAGUUUUCAUUUAAUGUCUUUCUUAAGCUCUACUUUCACGAUUUUUUUCAUAUUUUUUGGACCUAUGGUUUAAAAGUUAGAGGGGGAGGACACAUUUUUUCACAAUGAUAGGUCACAGCAGAUAUACAUUAGAAAGUACAAAAGAGAACUUAUUCCUAUGAGGGAUGUGAGUAGGACCAUCGUUAACGUCAUCCCUAAGAGCAGCUCUAACAAAAAAUAUCAUUUACAGUACAUAUGGGGCUACUUUAUAGCACUAGUGCGAGAAGUAGCAUAUUAUGUUACUGUGUCGAACAUUUAAAGGGCCAUAUGUACUGUAAAACGUUGUACGAUACAUGUGCGAAUAGGUAAUUCGCAACUCGUGUCGAUUUAAAACACUCCCUUCGGUCGUGUUUUAAUUUAUCGCCACUCGUUUCGAAUUUCCUAUUUUUCGCACUUGUAUCGUAAUGUACUAUUUUAAAAUAAAAUAAGUUCAUAAAUUUACCGGCGAACGACAUACAGAUCACUGUCCCGAUACUUACAUGAAUCAAUUUAUCAGAGUAAGCGACAGAUUCAGUGGAGCGCGCGUUUUUAGCACCGAGCGAGCCAACAAGACUUGUCAACGUUCAAAGGCGUUUCUCUUCCUGAACCAAAUCAAACGGCGUUUCAAGUCCGAGGGCCAAGCCGACAUGCAAAUGCUGGCAGACGAGAUGUACCGCUACAGCGAGGACCAUAACACCAUCGUCAUCCAUAAAGGAGAACUCGAUGAACUAAAUACCAUUUGUGUUCGGAGCAGUGAAGAAAUACUAGGAGAAAAGUUGCUGUUAGUUGAAGACGUCAAAAACUUAAACUACGGCACAAUUACAUACUUGGAUAAAACCCCCGAGCAAGCCAUGAUCUCUAACAGCAUCGAAGUCGCAGGCAAGAAACCAACAUUUAUUACUAACCUUGAAACCAAGACUAUGACUGAACCUGGAGUUCGUAUUACUGGCAGCGAAAUAAUAUACUCUAAUGACAAAAUUAAGCCCAACAUGCGGAUAGUAAUAGCAAUGAUUCUAUUGGGCCUAGCGGUCUAUAUUUGCGAUUUUAAGCCCAUCGGGCAUAUUUUGGUUUUAGUACUAUUUGUGAUAUUUGUUAUGUUUAAUAGAUAGAGAUAAUUCAAGAAAAUAAAUAUUAGAACUUAUUAAAAA